AUGUCAACUGAUGAAGAUAUUCCGGCCGUUUCGGAUGUUGAAAAUGCAAAAAUAUCUGAUGGUACAAGUACAGCUGGUGAACAUAAUACAGAUAAAGUAAAUGAAGCUGAAAGUGAAACUGAAGUUGAAGAACAAAUAAAUGAAAAAUCAACAAUCGAAGAAGAAAAUCAACCGAAUGAUGAAAUAAAAAAAGAAAAUAAUAAACGUGAUAUUAAUGAAAUUGAUAAAAAUGGUUCAAAAGAAGAACAAGAUGAAACAAUCGAAUCUAUGCCAACAAAUAAAAAAAUAAAAAUUAUUGACUCAACAACAGAUGAAAAUGAUGAAACAGAUUCCGAAUUACCUAAAGAACAAUUAACUGUUGUUUAA